AUGGAAGGAGAAAACGAAACUGCACCAGUACCGAAAAUAGGAAAUCGGAACGAUUAUAACGGCGUCCUAAAUACCAACACCAACAAAACGGUAAAUCCCAUACCUAAGAUAACGGUGGAAGAUGAGACCCACCUUCUCUAUAAGGACACUACAGAUAUACCGCGAACACCGGAAAGAACUCGGGCACCAACCCCAGAUCCUUUGGGAGAGUUUACCCCAGAAGAACUAGAGAUAACGACCAAGGUUAUGCGGGCAAUGUCCCGAAAAAGAAAAGAAGUUGAGAUGGCGGCUGCGAGGGAGCCUCGGAGUGGACCGACAACCCCUUUUGUCAUCAACCUCGAGGGUCAGUUCGAUCAAGCUGGACCGCAACCUAACACAAGGCUGCCACCUCAGGAGGCGGUGAUACCAUCAGAACGUCAAGUUACACGAACGACAUUCGGAGGAGAAUCAGAAUCCUACCGGCAUGAGGCUAGUAGUGGGCCGUCAAGGCAUAUGGCUCGAACUAUAGUCCGGCCGAGGACAUCUCCCUUCACGCAAGAGGUCCUUAAUCAGCAAAUGGAGAAGAUAAAGAUGUCGUCAUGCACAUACGACGGCAAAGGUGACCCAAAAAGGUAUAUACCGGCAUUUGAAAGUCAUAUGUUGCUAUACACCGACACCAAUGCUGUGUGGUGUAAAGUCUUUCCCACAACGCUGGUUGGAGCGGCUUCGGAUUGGUUCACUAAUUUACAGCCCGGGUCUAUCGGUUGUUUUGAUGCACUAGUUAAAUUAUUUAUGGGCCAAUACAUAAGCAACAGCGCCAGACAGAGAACCUCAGGAGAGCUUAUGUCCGUCCGACAAAGAAAGGACGAAUCAUUGAGAGAUUUCGUUCGGCGAUUUAAUAAUGAAGCUAAUACCAUACCUAAAUUGCAACAGGAGAUAGCUCUUAUGGCCUUAAUGAAUGGUUUGGCUGAUAGUGAUUUCAAGAAGUACAUGGCCCGGAAGUCCUUUCUCAAUCUCGGUGCGGCAUUCAACAAAGCCCAUGAGUACAUUAAGAGUGAAGAAAUGCUGAAAGCAAGCAACCAGAUAACAUCAGCAGAGCCGUCUCGACGACAAAACACAUACAUGUCGCCCAAAACUCCCGGUGGGGUCAACAGGCAAAAUCAGCAAAAGGCAAAUAGGCCCGCUAGAGGCCUUUGGCGAUAUAGUAAUUAUACCCAGUUGAACACGCCCAGGGCCGCAAUUUAUUCAAUAAAUCAGCACAAGGAAGACUGGAAUCAACCGACGCCAAUGAUAAAGAAGGGCCGAGAUGUAAAGAAGUACUGUAUGUUUCAUAGAGACGUUGGCCAUUAUACUGAAGAGUGUGUCCAAUUGAAAGAAAAUAUUGAGGAUCUUAUCCAAAAGGGGCAUCUGUCUCAGUACCGGUCUCAAGGUAGUUCCGAGAUUUAUCGGCAAGGAUCCGCCCCCGCCGGACGCAAACUUACCAUUGAGGUGAUUACCGGAGGGCCUGUGCAUGGAGGAUCUGUUAGCGGUGCAAAGAAAAUUUUGUCGGAAUAUAAACACAUAGUAAACGCGCUGGGUGUGGAUGAGCGACCUCGGCCAACCAAUAUCCCUUCCGUAUCCUUCUCUGAGGCUGAUGCCAAAGGCAUAGUAUUCCCCCAUGAUGAUCCAUUAGUCUUGAUAUUAUUAAUAAAUGGGUGUGAUAUCAAGCGCGCGCUGAUAGACGGGGGUAGCUCGACGAAUAUUCUGUUCGCAAGAGUAUUCGACGCCAUGAUGAUAGGUCGGAAAUACUUAACGCCUGUGGCAUACCCUGUUAUCGGUUUCAACGGCUCAACUGUCAGACCUGAAGGUAGCAUAAUCCCACAAGUUAGAAUAGGAGAAGGAACCAGGGCAAGGGAUAUGAUGACCGAGUUCUUGAUUGUUGAUGUUCCGUCAGCAUACAAUGCUAUUGUCGGCAGACCAUUAAUACACGAUGCGCAAGCCGUAGUCUCGACAUACCACCUCACAAUGGUAUAUGUUUCUAAUGCCGGCAGGAUGGAGCGCGUUCGAGGAAGUCAACGAUGGCAAGGGAAUGUUAUGUGUCGGCAUUGA